AUGUUUGGCAUUGGGCUGAUCGCGUUUGGAUUGGGCACGUACGGCUCGAUGCUGUACGUGUCGCUGACUCAUGAUGUCGAACUCAAGAACCUGCCGGCAGACCUCUCGGAUCGCUUUGACCGGGAAGCCGAGGGCUACGACGAGAAGGUCGAUAUGUCGGAAACACUAUUGCUCCUCACAUCGAGGCGCAAGAAGCUCACGGCCCAGGCAAAGGGUCAUGUGCUGGAAGUGGCGGUUGGCACGGGUAGAAACAUCCCUUACUACAACACAAAGCAGUGUGCGACAGUGACAUUGCUUGAUGCAAGCGGGCCGAUGUUGGCAGUCGCGAAGCGGAAAUGGAACGACACUCACAAAGAGUACUUCAGCCGUGUCUUUUUCAAGCAGCAGUCCGCGCUGGAGCCCAUGGUCCCGCCGUUCGACGCGCAGCAGGGCUACGACACAGUGAUACAGACCAUGGGCCUUUGUUCGACGCCGGAGCCCGUGAAGCUGUUGCAGAACAUUGAAGCGGCUACGAAUGAAGACGGCCAGAUACUGCUGUUAGAGCACGGCAAGUCGCACUACGAUUGGCUGAACGGGCUGCUCGAUAAGACGGCGCCUGCACAUGCCGACGAGCACGGCUGCUGGUGGAACAAAGACAUUGGCAAGAUUGUCGAAGAGAGCGGGCUGGAGGUGGUCGAUAUCAAGCGCUACAACUUCGGUACCACUUGGUGGCUCCAGCUGAAGCCGCGGAAGGGCAUGCGGCAGAGGCUUGCCGGUACACUUGCGGUCGACCAACCGCCCGUUGCGCAAGCCGAGCCCACGGUAACACAACAGAAGUCGUCGUGGUCGCUCUGGCGAUGA